AAUGGGCCUUUGAGGCCCUGUAGCCAUUCAACUACUUGCACUCCUACUUUCUACCACUUGCAUGCAGGUGUGGCCCACCUUAUGAGCGAACAUGGACUUUUGAAGCAGUUUGCUUUUAGGGUCAGUAGAUUCUCUCCUUCACAUUCAAAAUCAAAGGUACUACUCCAAGAGAAGGAAAUCAGAACUUGCAGCAAUGGAUGUCUUGUAUGGAGCAAGGAAUGGUAUGUCCAUGUUCUUAUUACAACCAUAUGUACCCAUGCAUACAAGCAGUUCUUUUCUUCUACAACCCAAUUUCCUACAUGGGUUUUCAUUCUCUUCCCAUCUUGUUUUCGUGCUUGUAUUGUCCAUUACAUGGGCCAUCAAAAGAAGUAAGAUGGAUGGCCAUCAACAUUCAAAAGAGAGGCUGAAAAACAGUAACUUUUUGUAUUACAAGCCAACCCUUUUCUCUUCUUUAUGCCUCUCUUUGUUUUAUCUCAUUCUAUGCAUUUUCAACUGCUCUGUUUGGAAUGGACAUUGUUGGUCUCAUGAGAAGCUUCCCACACAAUUGGAUUUAGUCCUUAGAACUUUUGUUUGGUUCGUGAUCUCCAUGUAUUUGCAUGUCGAGUUCUAUCGCUCAAAAGAGAAGAAAUUCCCUAUGUUUCUAAGGGUUUGGUGGAAUUUAUACUUCUUCAUGUGCUGUUCUUUCAUUAUUAUAGACCUUGUUUUCUGUAGAAAACUUAGAAUUCUACCGACCCAUUUGUGGGUUUUGGAUUUCGGGUCAGUUCUUAUCGGUUCAUUCCUUUGUUACGCCGGAUUCUUUGGAAAGAGGGAUGAAGAAGAGACCCCUCUUCUCGAAGAGCCUCUUUUGAAUGGGGGAGCUUGCAAGAAGAGUGCCGAGGACGAUGCAAGUCCUUAUUCAAAUGCCAGCUUUCUUAGCAUCCUUACAUUCUCUUGGGCGGGCCAUAUAAUUUCUGCCGGUAACAAGAAAACAUUGGAUCUUGGUGAUGUCCCCCUGCUUGCAGAUGACGAUCGUGUUAAUGGGGUCUUCUCUGUUUUUAGAGAUAAGCUUGAAUGGGAUAGUAGAAAUUGUCAUUCUGAUGGAAUUGGAACACUUAAAUUGUCGAAAGCUUUGUUCUUAUCUGUAUGGAAAGAAGUACUGUGGUCGUGUUUCUUCUCUCUUCUAUACACAUUCACUUCUUAUGUUGGUCCCUACCUGAUUGACGCCUUCGUUCAACACCUAGACGGCUAUCAAGAGUUCCAGCACGAAGGGUAUGUGUUGGUUUCGGCAUUUAUUGCUGCGAAACUUGUUGAGUGCCUUGCACAAAGGCAUUGGUUUUUCAGAAUACAACGGGCCGGGAUGCGGGGCCGAGCAGCACUGGUCGCGAUGAUAUUCCACAAAGGUCUGUUACUGUCGAGCCAGUCAAGGCAAGGCAAUAGCUGUGGGGAGAUCAUCAAUUUAAUAAGUGUCGAUGCAGAAAUGGUCGGGGAAUUCAGUUGGUAUAUGAUCGAUCUCUGGCUGGUCCCAACACAAGUUGGGCUGGCCUUGUUGAUCUUGUACAAGAAUCUGGGCCCCACUUCACUUGUUGCUUUGGUGGCAUCCAUAGCAGUUAUGCUGGCGAACAUUCCUUUUGGUAAGUUGGAGGAGCGGUUCCAAACCAAGAUGAUGGAGGCAAAGGACAUGCGGAUGAAAUCAAUGUCUGAGAUCAUGCGGAACAUGAGAACACUCAAGCUUCAAGGUUGGGAAAUGAGAUUCUUGUCCAGAAUACUAGAGCUCAGGAAGGUCGAAACUGCUUGGUUGAAGAAAAAAGCAUUCGCUUCAGCUGUAGCAACAUUUCUUUACUAUGGUGCACCUACAUUCAUGUCAGUGGCUGCAUUCGGCGCCUGUCUGUCUUUGGGUGUCCCACUAACACCCGGAAGGAUUCUGUCUGCGGUCGCAGCAUUUCGGAUCUUACAAGAGCCUAUCUAUAAUCUUCCUGACACAAUUUCGGUGCUUGCUCAAACCAAGGUUUCCCUUGACAGAAUUGCAUCCUUCCUUCGCCUCAACGAGCUUCCACCUGUUGCAGUUGAGAAGCUUCCAGAAGCUUCAGAGGUCGCAAUCAAAAUAAACAAUGGGUGUUUUUCUUGGGAUCUGUCUACAGAGAAUCCUACACUGAAAGAUUUGAAUUUUCAAGUGUUGCAUGGCAUGCGGGUGGCUGUUUGUGGAGCAGUUGGUUCAGGGAAGUCAAGCUUGCUCUCUUGCAUCUUGGGUGAAGUCCCAAAGAUAUCCGGGACUAUUGAGAUGAUGGAGAAAAGGGCCUAUGUUGCUCAGUCUCCUUGGAUACAGAGCGGCACGGUACAGGACAAUGUCCUGUUUGGUAAGGAAAUGGAUAGAGAGAGGUACGAGCGUGUCCUUGGAGCAUGUUUGCUGAAGAAAGACUUGGAGAUUCUACCGUUCCGGGAUCAGACGAUUAUAGGUGAGAGAGGGAUCAACUUGAGCGGUGGACAGAAACAAAGAAUACAGAUCGCACGUGCUUUGUACCAGGAUGCUGACAUUUAUCUGUUCGACGAUCCUUUUAGCGCUGUGGAUGCUCACACAGGAACCCACCUUUUCAAGGAGUGUCUACUGGGCCUUUUGCGUUCAAAAACGGUGAUUUUUGUAACCCAUCAAGUAGAGUUUCUACCAUAUGCGGAUCUUAUCCUGGUUAUGAGAGAUGGAAUGAUCACACAAGCAGGCAAGUACAACGACAAUCUUAAUUCAGGAACGGAUUUUAUGGAACUGGUUGGUGCACAUAAGAAAGCUUUGUCAACCCUUGAUUCUAUGGAGACGUCCUGCAACACCCAGCAACUUACUGCUGAAAGUUCGAGUUCUCACAUGAAAGAUGGUUUAUGUAAUAUAGAAAGUAGAAUACAGGAAUUGAGCAAAGAAGAGGAGAGAGAUCAACUGAAUGGAAAGACCGAUGAAAUAACUGGACAGAACGGACAGCUCAUCCAAGAGGAAGAAAGGGAGAAAGGAAAUGUUGGUCUGUCUGUCUACUGGAAAUACGUUACAGAGUUACAUGGGGGAGCUCUUGUACCACUGAUAUUGCUGGCCCAAAUUCUCUUUCUGCUUCUUCAGAUAGCCAGCAAUUAUUGGAUGGCUUGGGCAGCUCCAGUGUCAGAAGAUGCAGAACCGCGAGUUAGAGGUUCACUUCUCAUCGUUGUCUAUGUCGUUUUGGCCCUUGGGAGCUCCAUUUGUGUCCUUGUAAGAGCUUUGAUUCAAGCAAUAGCUGGUUAUAAGACAGCAACAUUGCUAUUUAACAAAAUGCAUACAUGCCUCUUUAGGGCUCCAAUGUCUUUCUUUGAUGCCACUCCAAGUGGGCGUAUACUUAACAGAGCGUCAACCGAUCAAAGUGCAGUUGAUGUAUCGAUUCCUUUUCAGAUAGGAUCAGUUGCCUUUUCAAUAAUACAACUACUGGGAAUCAUAGCAGUAAUGUCACAGGUUGCGUGGCAGGUUUUCGUCGUUUUUAUCCCCACAGUUGCUGCUUGCAUUUGGUAUCAGAGGUACUACAUCACUGCAGCACGAGAACUCUCCCGUUUUGUUGGAGUACGCAAUGCUCCUAUCAUACAACAUUUUGCCGAAUCAAUAUCAGGAUUGACGACAAUCAGGAGUUUCAACCAGGAAUCAAGAUUCAUGAGAGAAACUCUCCAUCUGAUUGAUGGGCAUUCCCAACCUAAGUUUCAUAAUGCCAGUGCAAUGGAAUGGUUAUGCUUCCGCUUGGAUAUGUUGUCAUCUAUUACAUUUGCGUUCUCUUUGGUUAUCAUGAUCUCAAUGCCAAUGGGAGUAAUUAAUCCAAGCAUUGCAGGCUUAGCAGUGACAUAUGGGCUUAAUUUGAAUGCACUCCAGGCAUUGGUCAUUUGGAAUCUUAGCAAUCUUGAUAAUAAAAUCAUAUCCGUUGAGAGAAUACUUCAGUACACAUGCAUCCCUAGAGAAUCUCCGCUUGUGGUAGAAGCAAACAGACCAGAUCGUAAUUGGCCAUCAGAUGGACAAAUUGACGUCAAUGAUUUGCAGGUCCGCUACGCCCCACAUAUGCCUCUUGUUCUAAAAGGUCUCACAUGCAGUUUUGCCAAAGGAAUGAAGAUUGGGAUUGUUGGGAGAACCGGUAGUGGAAAGUCUACUCUCAUACAAACACUCUUCCGUAUCAUAGAACCUGCAAGUGGUCAGAUUCUGAUUGAUGGCGUUGACAUCUCAACAAUAGGAUUGCAUGAUCUAAGGUCCAGAUUAAGCAUCAUACCACAGGAUCCAACUAUGUUUGAGGGGACUGUGCGGAGCAACCUUGACCCACUUGAAGAGUAUACAGAUGAACAGAUUUGGGAGGCUCUAGUUAAGUGCCACUUGAGAGAAGUUAGUAAGAAAGAGGAAAAGCUUUAUUCCGCAGUAGCUGAAAACGGAGAGAAUUGGAGUAUGGGUCAGCGGCAACUGGUCUGUUUAGGUCGGGUGCUACUGAAGAAAAGCAAGGUUUUAGUGCUCGAUGAAGCAACAGCAUCUGUGGAUACUGUGGCCGACAACCUAAUUCAGAGAACAUUGAAGCAGCACUUCUCUAAUUCUACAGUUAUUACAAUAGCACAUCGAAUAUCAUCUGUUCUUGAUAGCGACAAGGUCUUGCUUCUUGAUAAUGGGAUUAUUGUUGAAUAUGACUCUCCUACUAGAUUGUUAGAGAACAAGUUGUCCGCAUUUGCAAAACUGGUCACAGCAUACAUCAUGAGAUAAAUUUUUAGUUCCAAAAAGUUGACGGGUGUCUGAAAGAAGAAUUCUUCGACCUCUCGAUUUUCACUUCGACGAAAAAGAUCCAAUGGUGUCAAUUGCAUGAGAGAUCGUGUUUUAAAUGUCUCUUAUUUGAUGACGAGGAAGAGACUUUCUAUCCAGCACUGAGGUGAAAACUUCCCUCAUUAGUCUAUGAAUUGUGUAAAAGCUUGAUUUGGAGAGGAGAAAAAACAGAAAAAAUGUGAUGAUGGGGGCCGAAUGU